CAAAGCAUCACACCUCGUUAUGAGUUUGGCUUCGGGUUGAGCUACACGACUUUCGAGUACUCUGACCUUGCCAUCACGACGAUUUACUCUGCCGACUACGCGCAAACAGACUUGAUUCUGAGCUGGGAAAAUGGGGGUGCAUCACCCAUCGCUGAAGGGUCAACAACUGCUCUCUGGCUGCAUAUGCCAGCGCACAAGGUUACCUUCGAUACGAAAAGCACUGGUGCUUUAUACAGUGGAGAGGCACGUCCUUCCACCACCCUUUUUUGCGCACAUUAUUGGCAACCGUCCUUCCAGAUUCCCCAAUUAUACAUCCAUCGCCCACCGUCAACCGGUGAACCGCCUUCGUUCAUCAAGGGCUUUACAAGUGUCGAGGUCUCACCGGGCCAGACUACCUCUGCAUCGAUCACGCUGUCCCGCUACGACCUUUCUAUUUGGGAUGUUGUUCGCCAGGGGUGGGCAAAACCAGGAGGAAUUAUCACUUUCUCUGUUGGGGCAAGUAGCAGGGACUUUAGGUUGAGUGGGACUAUUCCUGCGUGA